GCUAGACAUAGUGCAAUCCAGUAAUCAAACUAUCACCCUCUGGACAUGUUCAAGCACUGAGAACUGUAUUGUAAAUUUGAGGACCUAGAACAGAGAAAUUAUUCGAGUAAUACGAGCUCAUCUUAAAGAUAUUGGAUAUUGGACUAACCAAAGGUCAACUUUCAUUUCUUUGUGGAUACAUAAUUUGAGGUCGUUGUGACAUUUUAAAAGAAUUGGACAUGCUUAGGUUAGGUGGACAAACAGAAAACUCUUCUCACAUUCGUGAGAACUUGAAGGCUGAAACUCCUCUUUUAAGUAAUGCAAGGCGCAAACUAGGAUUGAGAGAUCUGAACAUUCAGCAGCAUGUUCAUGUGCAGUCAGAAAUACAGCGACCCUCUAAAACUCUAGUUCCGGAAAACAUUUAUGGGGAAGCAUGCGAGAAAUUCUGUGCAUACGAAGACAGAGAUGACUAUGGUGAUUUAUGCACUCGCCUUGAUAAUAUAAACUCACUUGUCGAUGGAGUGCUUUCUCUUUCCUGCAUGAGUCAUCCUCCAGGUUUUGUUGGAUUUUCAGUCAAUGGUGAGGCCUGUUGUUUUUGAUUAGUACUUGUAGAGGAUUGUGAUCAGUUUGAUCCAUCAGAUUUUGAAAUACCAGAUUCUGAAUUCAACACAAUGUUCAGUUGCCUUGGCUAGAAAGUUACUAGCUAUAUCGAUUUAACUCAAUCUCAGAAGUGCUUUAAAUACAAGUACCUCACUACUGAGUGUCGACUUCAGUUUUUUCCCAGUCAGCCUGUUUUUCGUACCAUUUACGUUUGUGUACCCGUUUUGACCUGCCAGGUUCCAGCGAUAGAUAUUGUAAGCUGUAAUGUCAAUUAAAUUCUCUUUAAUGUACUGCG